CUCCAUCUGUGGCGGGGAGGCGAGCUGCUCGGCUGCACUGCUGCUGCUUGUCUUAGGUGGCUGGUUGGUGACAUUGGGAGGAGACCGCUCCGAGGGAGCGAGCCUAGGACGACGAGGAAGAGAGCAGGGCAUUGGGGGUGGGGACGCGGCGACAGUGCCAGGGGGCGUGUGAGCUGCGGGCGAGGAGCAACUUCUCCCGGGCGCGCGCGGCGGGGCGGCGGGCGGAGCGUGAGCUGUUAGCCCGGAGCGGGGAGCUGGCAGCCGGCAGCGGCCCGCGCCCUGCGCGCCAGCAUCCUCCGGGUUCCCAGCCCCGGGUGCUGAGCUCGCCGCUAUAAAUAGCAGGUUACAGCUUCUGCUCGGGCGCACACGCUCUCACUGGAGAACGCAGGAAAGUCAUCCCGAAAAGUGUCUGCCGCUGCUAUCGCCCCCUACUCAGCCUCUGCAAGAGCUCCAUGUAUUUGUGACGAGUGUGGGCUUGGGGACCUCUCAGCAACUCCUAACCAAAAGAAAUGGUGUCACCUGGCAAGAGAUCUGCCGUGUUUUAUGAAAAAUUAGACCAAGAUUUGAGGCCAGUCUUCCACCCUGCCCCUUCCCGACUCCACUGUUUCUCCAGAGAACUGUAGCUGUCUUUUGCUGAAGGAUAUUUAGGAAUCUGGCUUUGGAUGACAGAGCCCUAAAUCCAGGGAAAAAAUAAUUGAAGCUGUUGAGAAAUACAACAUAUAUCAGAAUUUCACAGUGGGAUGUUAGAUCAUUAGUGUGAAGAUAUACCAACGAUAAGCCAGAACCUACUCUCUGUACCAUUUGGAGAAGACACAGUGGAAAAGAAGUCAGUGGUGAGGUGGAUCAUGGAAAUAAAAGAGGAAGGAACGUCAGAAGAAGGCCAGCACUUUCUUCCUGCAGCUCAGGCAAAUGACUCUGAGGACAUUCAGUUCACGAGCAUCCAGAAGAUUCCCAGUGAGCCACAGCUGGAAUUCAUCCUUGCGUGCAAGGAUCUUGUGGCCCCUGUCAGUGAUCGGAAACUGAAUACAGUGGUGCAGAUCUCAGUAAUCCACCCCGUGGAGCGGACCUUGACGCGGUACUCCAGCACAGAAAUUGUGGAGGGAACAAAAGACCCACUGUUCUUGACGGGUGUCACAUUCCCAUCUGAGUACCCCAUCUAUGAAGAGACUAGAAUAAAGCUGACAGUCUAUGAUGUCAAGGAUAAGUCUCACGACACUAUUCGAACCAGUGUCCUUCCGGAUCACAAGGAUCCCCCGCCAGAAGUUGGGAGAAGCUUCCUGGGCUGUGCCAGUUUUAAGGUUGGGGAGCUGCUGAAGUCCAAGGAGGAGCAGCUGUCCCUGAGCCUGAGAACCUCAGAUGGUGGCAAAGUGGUCGGCACCAUAGAAGUGAGCCUCAUGAAGAUGGGGGAGAUUGAGGAUGGGGACACAGACCACAUCACCACAGAUGUGCAGGGACAAAAGUGUGCACUAGUAUAUGAAUGUACAGCCCCAGAAAGUGUGAGCAGGAAUGAAAACUUGCCUUUUUUGAAUGCAGUGUUAAAGAAUCCUGUGUGUAAACUCUAUAGAUUCCCCACAUCUGACAAUAAGUGGAUGCGAAUCCGAGAGCAGAUGUCAGAGAGCAUCCUCUCUUUUCAUAUUCCUAAGGAACUGAUUUCCCUUCACAUAAAAGAAGACUUGUGUAGAAACCAGGAGAUAAAAGAACUUGGUGAUCUUUCCCCACAUUGGGACAACCUGCGGAAAAAUGUCCUCACUCACUGUGAUCAAAUGGUGACUAUGUAUCAAGAUAUCCUGACAGAGCUUACCAAGGAAACAGGGUCCUCUUUCAAAUCCAGCAGCAGCAAAGGAGAGAAAACGUUAGAAUUUGUUCCAAUAAAUCUACACUUGCAACGGAUGCAAGUGCACAGCCCUCACCUGAAAGAUGCUCUCUACGAUGUCAUCACUGUGGGAGCCCCAGCUGCCCAUUUUCAGGGAUUCAAGAAUGGUGGUCUUCGAAAACUACUCCACAGAUUUGAGACAGAAAGAAGGAACACUGGCUACCAGUUUAUUUACUAUUCACCUGAAAACACUGCGAAGGCAAAGGAAGUUCUCAGCAGCAUCAAUCAACUGCAGCCUCUCAUAGCAGCCCAUGCAGACCUGCUGCUAGCCUCUGCCAGCCAGCAUUCUCCAGACAGCUUGAAGAGUUCUUUAAAGCUGCUUUCAGAAAAAACUGAGCUUUUUGUACAUGCCUUCAAGGAUCAGCUGGUCAGGAGUGCUCUGUUGGCUCUCUAUACUGCAAGGCCAGGAGGCAUCCUUAAGAAACCACCCUCUCCAAAGGACAGCACAGAGGAGACUAGUCCCCAGAAGGAGACCCCUCAGCUGAGAAGACAAGAUUCCAUACCACACCAUUCUGACUAUGAUGAGGAAGAGUGGGAUAGGGUGUGGGCCAACGUGGGGAAGAGCCUGAACUGCGUCGUUGCUGCAGUCGACAGACUGACCGAGAGAGCCAGUCGCAACGAAGAAGGUGCUGAAGGCGGCGAUAGAAAAGGUGGAGAGACGGACCCUGCCCGAGAAGAUUCCACCACAUCUCACACAAAGGAGGACUGGUAUGAACAGCUGCACCCCCUCAUCCUUACCCUGAAGGAGUGCAUGGGAGAAGUGGUGAGCCGGGCGAAGCAAUCCCUGACAUUUGUGCUGCUUCAGGAACUCGCCUACAGCCUGCCGCAGUGUCUGAUGCUGACUCUGAGGAGAGACAUUGUCUUCAGUCAGGCGCUUGCUGGACUGGUUUGUGGUUUUAUCAUCAAAUUGCAUACAAGUUUGCAUGACCCUGACUUCCUGCAGCAGCUUCACACAGUGGGCCUGAUAGUGCAGUAUGAAGGACUGCUAAGCACCUACAGUGAUGAAAUUGGAAUGCUGGAGGACAUGGCUGUCGGCAUUUCAGAUUUGAGGAAAGUUGCAUUUAAAAUCACUGAAGCCACGUCCAAUGAUGUCCUGCCUAUUCUCACAGGAAGGCGUGAACACUAUGUGGUGGAGGUCAAGCUUCCGGCUACAGAGUUCCAGUCUCUCCCUCUGCAGAUUAAAGAAGGCCAGUUGCUUCACGUGUUCCCUGUUCUGUUUAAUGUUGGAAUCAAUGAGCAACAGACUCUGGCUGACAGGUUUGGAGAUGUUUCUUUGCAAGAAAGUAUUAAUCAAGAAAAUUUUCAACUUGUACAAGAAUAUUUUUCACUAUUUAUGGAAAAGAUGCCUCCUGAUUAUAUAUCACAUUUUCAGGAACAAAACGACUUAAAAGGAUUGUUGGACAAUCUCCAUCAAAAUAUUCAAGCCAAAAAAAGAAAGAAUGUAGAAAUCAUGUGGCUGGCAGCAACGAUCUGCCGCAAACUCAAUGGUAUCCGCUUUACCUGCUGUAAAAGUGCCAAAGACAGGACGUCCAUGUCGGUGACGCUCGAGCAGUGCUCCAUCCUCCGAGAUGAGCAUCAACUGCACAAAGACUUCUUCGUCCGCGCGUUGGACUGCAUGAGAAGCAGACAAACCCAGGGAGCCUUGAAUGAAUCCGAUGACCCUGAGACAGGCUGUCUAACUGAUAACAAGCCGACUUCUCGACACUUCUAUCCUGUCGCCUUGCUUCUUGUCAGCUCACACCUGCUAGUCGUGUGGCUUAUUUUAAGUCUUGCGUUACUCUUAGCCAAAUACCAAUAAGUUUUAUGUUGUGUUCCUCUUUUUCUACAAACAACAAUGGACUUUAAUUCUGGGAACAAUGUUGUAAUAUUUCUACAUUUUCAGAUUCACAGAAUUAAAAAAAAAAAGAAGAAAUGUUUGAAUUGUGGUUUUGUUUGUUUUUCCUAAAAGGCAAAAAGUACUAUGCAUUAAGUGAAUUAUUUUGCUCUUUUGUUCACAGAAAAGUGUUUUCCCAUUGUUAAGUAGCUAAUGAUGAGUUUGUUUGUUUGUUUUUUAAUUACUGUCUUUGGAAUAAGACAAAAAAAAUAGAAUCCUGAAAGCUUGAAGUUCUGAACUACCACUUCCCAUGUCAUUUAUUAAAGAAAUUAGGUCUGACAUUGUGCAACAGUAAAACCCCCAAGAUAAUCUGGGAAGUGGAGGUUACAGACUUUCUUUCACUGUGCUAAUUCAUAGUUGCCAUCAGCUGAUAGAAAUGUGUCUGCUUUCUUACUCUGUUUCUUCUCAUCCCUUCAUUGAUGUGUUUAACCUCCUGUCAAGUAACUUUAUGGAAAGAAUGGCUCUUUAUGUUUUGUAAUUAAAUUAACUUGUUUGUAACUAUUGUUUGGGUUGAUUUGGCUUUCAGACUACUUUUCUAUUCUUUUUAACAAGGUCUCAUUUGUGUCUUGAUGCGCCAUUUUUAGCACCUGUGACUUUUGUACUGUGGUUGAGGAGCACUCUCCUUUGAUGAAGCUGAGUCUAGGAGCAGGCUGUUCAGAAAGCCAUCUUCUCUCUUCACUGCAUAGCUAAAACAAUGAAGUAAAAUAGGGAUGGAAAAUCCUUUUAAAAAAUCUAUAGGGCCAGACUUAAUGAAUUAAAUGCCUUAUUCCUAGAACUGCAUCCUUAGGGCUACAUGUAGAUUUUAAUGUGUUUUAAGGGAUUGAUAGUUAAUUUGUGGAAAAGUUAUAAAAAGACAGAUAUAUUUAUGAAACUAAAGUAAAGCUGUAUUGUGAAGCAAACUAUAUUUAAAGAGUUUAUUAAAAGUUAAAUGUCUGUUAAGAAACUUAAUCAUAUCUUUCCGAAGGCAAUAAUGGUAUCGGGCCUGGCCUAGGAUUUAAUUUUGUAAGAUGUAUCAUCACUUGUGGGAAGAAAAUGUAGAGUUGAAUCUUUGUUAUUUUUACUUGGAUUGUUGGUGCAACUCUGCAUUGAACAAAUAAAGCAUAUUUAUUUAUUCUGUGUUUCAUGA